CCUGAGCGGGUGCCGGCUGCAGCUGGGACAGCUCUGCAGCCCUCUCCCAGUUCCUGGGCAAACCAUGGGAGAGACGGCGGGGGUGGCCCAGGUCCCUUCCGGCUCUCAAGGUGGCCGAUCUCACAGGCCUGGGGCACAUGAGAGCGGAGACAUACCAAGGUAAGUACGGUAGCUCUCUAGCAGGGUGGCUCUUGAGAGGCAGCAGGAGCAGAGAGGGGUUUGUUUGCUUGGCUUGUCAAACAGGCACUUGCUCUGGAACAGGGCAGGCCUCUGACGGGAAGCACAGUUUGCGUUGCGGACUGCAUGCCACAGGCAGGCCGAGCUGGAGGACAAGAAAUUCCACAGGGAAUUCCAAAUAUGCAGGGCAUGCCAGAGGCUGGGUGGAAGGCCUCUAGGGUGGUAGCUCAGUGGCAGAGCAGGUGUCUGGUAUCUCCAGAUAGGGCUGAGAAUGUCCCCUGCCUGAGGUGACCAGCUGCCAAUAUUGCAUUGCACUGCACUGCACUGCAUUUAUACCCCAACUUUCCCCCCAAGGAGCACAAGGUAGUACACAUGGUUCUCCCCCUCCUCAUUUAAGGACAGACAAAAGAAACCACUCCUUCACCCAGGGACCUCACUCCCCCUGGAAGCAGGACCUACCUGGCUUGAAAAGGAGGAUUAGACUAAUUUAUGAAGGAGGUGGCUGUUGACGACUACAGUCAUACCUUGGUUUUUCAACUUCCUAAAAUGUUCGAAAACCAAGGGACGGCUUCUGAUUGGCUGCAGGAGCUUUCUGCAGUCAAUCGGAAGCCGCAUCAGGUGCGUUGGACGUUUGGGUUCCAAAGAACAUUUGCAAACUGGAACGAUCACUUCUGGGUUUACAGUGUUCGGGAGACAAAACUUUCGAGUUGCAAGGCGUACUACAAGCAAGGUACGACUGUACUAGCCAGGACGACUGUGCUCUGCCUCCACAGUCGAAAGCAGCGAUGCUUCUGAAUACCAGUUGCUGGAGAAACCACAGGAGGAGAGAGUUGCUCUUCUGUUUGGGUUCCACUGUUUGGGUUCAUCUGGCUGGCCACUGUGAGAAGAGGAUGCUCUGUUAGAUAAGCCAUUGGCCGGAUCCAGCAGGAUCUUCUUCUGUUCUUAAAAAUGUGGUCGAAAGGUCUAGUGCGUCAACGCAGCCUAUGGCUGGUGGGUAUCCAAAGCUGUUCAGAGCUCCAGGAGAAUUGCGCUUCUCCCUGUGAAAGUCAUCACGUCUGUGUCCAUUUGAUAGCUCAGUCUGGAAAGAGCAUGAGAUGGGAACCCUAACCUCAGGAUCGUGCGUUUGAGCCCCACAUUAGGCAAAAGAUUCCUGCAUGGCAGAGGGUUGGACUAGAUGACACUUGGGAUCCCUUCCAAAUUUAUGAUUCCAUGAUUUGUGACCCAACCUGGGACCUCAUGGUGCAAGGAGAGUCAGGAGUCAUAACGAUGAUUAUGAUGAUACAAGACUGGGUGGACUCAGUAUAAGGCAGCUUUCUGGGUUGCUUUAUUGUCAUUGUCCCAUACAGAACAACGAAAUUGAAAAAAUCUACAUCAGCCAUUCAAAACCAGCAAGCCUGCUAUCCCAGCCUGGUUAGCCCCCUAAAAACUCUGAUACCCCAUAAUUAAAUACAAUAUACUCCCAUAGAGACUACCUUACACUGCGUUUAAAACCAAAAUCGCAUUUGAAUAGAAACUGUUUCUCAGGUGGCUAGUCCUAGUCUUUAUAACCCUGUACCUUCUUCCAGAAGGCAGAAGCUGAAAGAGAUCAUUUCUGGGGUGCGCACUAUCCUGCGCUAUCUCUGCAGCUUUCUUAUGGCACCUGGAAGCGUAGAUUUGAUCCAAGGUGGGAAAUUAUUCUCUCCACAGUCUUUAUAACCCUGGACAGCAUUGUUUUUUCCCCUGACCAUGCAGCUCCCAAACCACACACAGAGACCAUAAAUUAAUAUACUCUCAACAGUACAAUGGUAAAAUGCCAUCAACAGGUCCUUUGCGAUAUUAUUUUUCCGGAGGAUUCUCAGAAAAUAUAACCUCUGCUGUGCUCUCUUCAUCAGGUCUUUGCUGUUUUCUCCCCAGGUUAAGUCAUCUCUCAACUCCUUUCUCUCUUUUUUGCUAGUUCUUUUGGAACAGAUGCAUCCAGACUAGGGGAAACUUGACGGACACCAGGCUCAUCAUCACGAGGCCAUAUGAGUCCAGCUCCAGGUUUUGUGGUGCUUGCCAGAACCCCCCAAUUUCACCGACUGCGGCGAGCAGGUGCAGCAGGACUGUGCAUCUGGCCCCGAAGCACGAGGAACGGCCACGGUAUAGAAUGAGCCUCUUAAUCUCGAAGCCGUGGGUUCAAGCCCCACGCUGGGCAAAAGAUUCCUUCACUGCAGGGGGUUGGACUGGAUGACCCUCAGGGGUCCCUUCCGACUCUACAAUUGUGUGAAACUCUCGCACCAGGGAGCCAGCUGGCCAGCCAGCUGGCCUUGUCAUUCCUUGCCUCCUCCGUCAGCCAAGGAGGAAAUGUCUGGAAGUGGGAAGUCUUCCUGAAGGCUCGGGCUUGCUGCUCGGAAGCCGUUGACCAGAGGUCACCAGCAGCUUCACAACAGGAAGCCGCGCAGCGUUGGCUUGGAGGUGCCGGCAGCUACGCAGAAAGCCCGCCGGAGCCCCCUUGGCCUGCCCUCGUGGCUGUGGCACCGUUCAAGGCACCGUCCAUGGAAGCCAGGCGGGAGCUAGGAGGCAGCCGCUGUUCCCUGGCAGGAAGAUGCUGUGACAAGGAGGCUUCCAGCCGGGCAUGGAGCUGAACCGUGAGUGCUGGGCUCGCCCCAAGGGGUCUCGGAAGACACAGGCAGGACCCCUGGGGAGACUGGCCUAUGGGUCAGCCGCACACCCUUCUCUGCUGGAAGCCCUCCUUCUCCCCAGUCCUAAAUGGCUGGAGGGAAAGGCACUCUGUGCAUGGGCUGGAGCGAGGGGUCUGACUCUGGCAGGCCGGACUGAGUCUCAGGGGCUGUGCCUUCAGUGCAGAGCAUCCUGAGAAGGAGCGGGGGUUGAUCUAGAUGGCCCUCAGGGUCCCUUCCAACUCUACCAUUCUAUCCAGAACUUCCUCUCCACUAUGGAUUUCCCCAAGGACAAGUCUUGCUGUUACACACAGCAGCGCCUCUCUAAAAAGCAGGGUGGUGCUCCCUGCCCCCAGAAAUGUUGCUUAAUUGUAUGCAGAUGCAUGUUCAUUUGACUAGUUCCUUAAUUGACAAAUGGUCAUGUGGGUCAUUGACUAACAGUACAACCCUCUGCGUGCCAAAAUCAGUCCUCCAGAAUUUGGUGGGUCUUACUCGUGAGUGGCUACAAGAUUGCAGCGUAAGAUUUAGUUCAUUGGGUGAUGUCUUUUUAAUUAGCAGAGGAAAGAACUUGGAUCCUGUUUUGUUUUCAUGAAGCCCAGUUCAGGCCAGCGGUGAAAAUUCUGGAGAAGUAAUAACGAAACUGAAAUUGUUAUUUCCAGCAUCAGGGUGGAUGGAGAGUGCUGUACCUAAAACCUUCACCCUCUCCUCUAGGUGACCUUUCCCUCCACCUCAGAUUGUGAGGUCUGCUUAAGGUUUCUCUGUGUUGAGGGUCAGGCUCUCUGCACAUGCUCAGAGGCACUUUUGCAGCCUCACAUGUUCAGCUGCUAAGCCAUGGCGUGUGCACAACGCACCAUUUCAGAAGUGAAGCCGGGUUAUCUCAGCUUCGGAUACAGCAAAUAUUAAUACAGUACUGGAAGGUGUUUGAACAGGAAGGAGAAGGCACCCACCCCUUUGUACACUGAACCAAUGAUGUCUGAAGUCCAUCAUCCUGGUCCUCUAUUCAUACACAGAACAUUUUUUUUCUGGGUCAAAGGAGGUGUGUGUGUGUGCAAAUAAUAAUAAUAAUAAUAAUAAUAAUAAUAAUAAUAAUAAUUAUUAUUAUUAUUAUUAUUUAUACCCCGCCCAUCUGGCUGGGCCUCCCCAGCCACUCUGGGCGGCUUCCAUAGAAACCAAAAAUACAGUAAAAUGUCACACGUUAAAAACUUCCCUGAACCCUUAAGAUGUCUUCUGAAUGUCAGGUAGUUGUUUAUCGCUUUGACAUCUGCUGGAAGGGCGUUCCACAGGGUGGGCGCCACUACCGAGAAGGCCCUCUGCCUGGUUCCCUGUAGCUUUGCUUCUCGCAAUGAGGGAACCGCCAGAAGGCCCUCGGCGCUGGACCUCAGCGUCCGGGCAGAGCAAUGGGGGUGGAGACGCUCCUUCAGGUAUACUGGACAUACAAUCUCUGUGCGUAGGAAGCAGAGGUGCUUGUUAUGUCCUUGUCAUCUGCCUGAUAGCUCAGCUUUGGAAAGGCAAUUUUAACUGGGAAAUGGACUGGCAAGGUAAUUGCGGAGUCUGUGGACAGCUCCUUUGCCCGCAAACUCACCCUAAUUCAGCCUCCCAUUACCUGGGGCAUGUGGGAUGUAAAACACAAGAGCAGUCAAGUACAACAUUCCUAGAGUGCACAUGUUUACACAUGGGGAGGGAUGUUUGUCCAGCCAGCAGGUAAACUUCCUGUUUCCUUCUGGGCUGGGACAGACUUCCUCUGCAUGUGACUAGAGGUGGGUGUGGCCUCACCUGUGCAGGUAAUGACAAAAGCACAGGACAGGGCAGCCAUCUCUCUCUCUUUCACCACAUGCAUUGAAGACACAACAUCUACUGAGCGAAAGAUGCCCUCUUGGCUUCCAGCCAAGAGAGGACAAAGGGACUGUCUUCUUAAGAGAUAGAUUCCAAGUGUAUGUUACUUCAUUAAGCUAAGUCUGCCUUCUGGGAUCUGAUUGUGAACAGAAUGUGAGUAAACUCUUGUUAUACUUUUGUAAAAGACUGUGUCGUCUCUUCUAUUUUAUGAGGGAAUAAGGGGAAAAUACCAGAACAGUUAUUAUAGCGGCUUUAGCGAGCCUGAGCAAAUGCAGCCACUGCAGAUUUAAAAGAAGAGAAUGUUACUCUGCUGAAAUUGUGGAACUUGUUAACACAAGUUGGAUAUAAUCAGACAAUAUAUCCUCUCCUGCAUCCCUGAACAUUCCCACAGGGCAGAGGGUUUCCUUGUCCCACCUAACUUUAUCAUCAUUAUUCAUCACAUUUAUAUCUCAGCUUUUCCUCCAUGGCUCUCAAUAUGGUGUCUGUGGUUUCCUGUCCUCCUCGUUCAAUCCCCACAACAACCCUGUGAGGUAGGUUGACCUGAGAGGAAAACCCAGUGUUAAAUGAGGAGGGGGAGAACCUCUUUGAGGAGGGAGGAAGGAAGGAAGGAAGGAAGUCUAGGGAGAAUACCUGCCAAGCUGAUUCAGAGGAUACCAAACAUUUGGCCAUCUAUCCUUUUGUCUCUCCUCCCUCAAACCUCCCUUAGGGCUCCUCCUCCUCCUCCUCACUGUAUUCUUGCUCUGUUUGGACCUGUUUGAGAUGAGCCCCACCAGGCUGGUUUGUGACAGGAGGCUAAUCCAGAAGUACAUUACUGAAGCCAUGGACUUGGAGGACAAAGUGGUAAGCAAUGCCGUUUCACUUCACCCGGGCAGAUCGGGGCCCUCGGAAUCUUGGCAUUUUUUGUUGGCUGCCAUAGACUUUCCUUAAGGUUGCACCACUCACUGAGUGGGUGGCAUGUGGUGGGUGGCCCAGAAUAAUACUUGGAGCCAUCCAAGACAUUUUGGUGCCUGAGUCAGACCCCAAAAUGGGGCCUCCUUUCCCCCCACCAAAGAAGAAGGGGUGAGGGCAGAUCUACAUCAGGAACAAGGGAGAAAGAUUGAUACUGUGACUUGCUGCCUGUUGAAUCCUGCCGCCUGAGGCAGUUGCCUCACCUUGCCUCAUGGGUGGGCCGGCCCUGAUAAUACUGCUCAGCUGCAAGGAAGGACACUAUUUGUUUAUUUAGAUCAACCUUCCUCAGUCUACUGCAGGGUUUCCUAAACUUGGGUCUCCAGCUGUUGUUGGACUACAACUCCUAUUAUCCCUAGCUAGCAGAACCCGUGGUCAGAGAUGAUGGGAAUUGUAGUCCAAAAACAGCCAGGUUUGGGAAACCCUAGUUUAAUGCUUCCGAAAUGUUUUGGACCACAACUCCCAUCAGCCCCAGCCAGCUCAGUAGAAUUUUUAACCACACAGCACAGUGUUGGGGCAGCCACUUUUUCCUGUACAGUGGUACCUCAGGUUACAUACGCUGCAGGUUACAUACGCUUCAGGUUACAGACUCUGCUAACCCAGAAAUAGUGCUUCAGGUUAAGAACUUUGCUUCAGGAUGAGAACAAAAAUUGUGCUCCGGCGGCGCAGCAGCAGCAGGAGGCCCUAUUAGCUGAAGUGGUGCUUCAGGUUAAGAACAGUUUCAGGUUAAGUACGGACCUCUGGAACGAAUUAAGUACUUAACCUGAGGUACCACUGUAGUUGUGUGAAUAAAAUGCAGGGAGAGAACCGUGUGCCUACGCUAGUGGCCAAAAUUGUGGAAACCUUUUGGAGAAAGUGUGUUUAUGAGGUUUGAUGGCUCAUAACACCACUUUUUUUUUUUUGAGGCAAUACGAUAAAAUUAUACAGUGGUACCUCAGUUUAAGAACUUAAUUUGUUCCAGAGGUCCGUUCUUAACCUGAAACUGUUCUUAACCUGAAGCACCACUUUAGCUAAUGGGGCCUCCCGCUGUCGCCCCCCAAUUUCUGUUCUCAUCCUGAAGCAAAGUUCUUAACCCAAGGUACUAUUACUGGGUUAGCGGAGUCUGUAACCUGAAGCGUCUGUAACCUGAAGCAUCUGUAACCUGAGGUACCACUGUAUAUCAAUGGAAAGAUAAUUUAAUGAAGAAUGUAAUGCAACAAAGAAUGUUCAAUUAUCUGUAUUCUAUCAAAAGUUAUAGCCAAAUAACCAGCAAGAGGAGUGUUUAGGCAGCCAAUCAGGUGUCAUCUUGUUUUGGCAAUGAUGGCUCAUAACACCACUUUUUUUUGUAGUAAAACCAUAAAAUUAUAUAUCAAUGGAAAGAUGAGCUACAGCCCCAAACCAUGUUCUUUUGGGUACCAAUGAAGUUUGGCCGUAAUUGCUUUGCACCUCAUUUGCGGGGUGUGACUUGUUUGGGGCCAGGUGCCAGGUGGUUGCAUUUGCUCUGUGCAUUUGGCCAUUCCUGCCAACUGGCCUGGUUGCUUCUCCUCUCAGGGGUUUUCUGUCCUUUCCACAGAGCCAGUGCGAGGAACUCCCCUUCCUUCAGCAGCCUGUGCAGCUGCCCCUGGUUGGGUUCAGCCUCCGAGAGUGGAUGGCAAAGACAGUGAGUAUGUAAAAAUGACCAACCCACCCUCUAUGGGUCAAGGGCUGGGGCCUGGGCUUGUGGAGGUGUGACGGCUUUAAUCCAAAUGCUACAAGCAUUUGACCUAAAAUAAGAUGCCAUGGUAGGCUGGAGGGCUCACACUCAGGUUCCUAGCCGGCCAUGGCAUCUUCUAGGACCAGGGGCCAGUCUGGUGUAGUGGUUAAGAGCAGUAGACUUGUAAUCUGGUGAACUGGGUUCACGUCUCCGCUCCUCCACCUGCAGCUGCUGGGUGACCUUGGGCUAGUCACACUUCUCUGAAGUCUUCCAGUCUCACUCACCUCACAGAGUGUUUGUUGUGGGGGAGGAAGGGAAAGGAGAAUGUUAGCCGCUUUGAGACUCCUUCGGGUAGUGAUAAAGCGGGAUAUCAAAUCCAAACUCUUCUUCUUCUUCCUCUACUAUGAAACUAAUGAAGGUUCAGCUUCAAGGCCCCUAAUUCCAGGGGGGCCCAGAAGAGGGCGUAGCCAGGUGGGCAGGGGAGGGCAGCUGCCGCCCCCAAAUCAAGUAAAUAAAUAAAAAAAAUAAUACUUAACUAAAACUAGAAAUAAUCAGAAUAGCCGGAAUUGAAAUGCUCACUGAGGUCGCCUGGAUGAUGCUGUGGUGCAUUCUAGCGACACGACUGAACGACAGGCGUGGUUUCUGUGAACCCAUGCCCCAGAAAUGACUUCAGUCCACAUUGCUUUUUUAAAAAAUGAGUCAAUUUCACCAUUCUGUGAUGCACCAUAGACGCGGGUGGCGCUGUGGGUUAAAACACAGAGCCUAGGACUUGCCGAUCAGAAGCCGGCGGUUCGAAUCCCUGUGACAGGGUGAGCUCCCGUUGCUCGGUCCCUGCUCCUGCCAACCUAGCAGUUUGAAAGCACGUCAAAGUGCAGGUAGAUAAAUAGGUACCGCUCCGGCGGGAAGGUAAACGGCAUUUCCGUGCGCUGCUCUGGUUCACCAGAAGCGGCUUAGUCAUGCUGGCCACAUGACCCGGAAGCUGUACGCCGGCUGCCUCGGCCAAUAAAGCGAGAUGAGCGCUGCAACCCCAGAGUCGGCCACGACUGGACCUAAUGGUCAGGGGUCCCUUUACCUCUACCUUUACCACCAUGCAUAUAAUGUUUCCUUAAUUUUCACCCCCUCACAAAUCGAAAACCACAAGGCAUAGGAAAUAUUUAUUCACUGUGUUGACUUUGACUUAUGAGACAAUCCAGUACAGCAACUUUAAUCAAAAUCUGGGAUGUGGCAGUUAUUAUUAUUAUCAUUUUAAAAAGUGAUCUGUUGUGGAACAACCCCAUUGAAGAAGGUAACAGGGUUUACCCCAGGGGUAGGCAACCUAAGGCCCGUGGGCCGGAUGCGGCCCAAUCAUCUUCUCAAUACGGCCCGUGGACGGUCCAGAAAUCAGCGUGUUUUUACAUGAGUAGAAUGUGUCCUUUUAUUUAAAAUGCAUCUCUGUGUUAUUUGUGGGUCAUAGGAAUUUGUUCAUAUUGUUCCCCAAAAUAUAGUCCAGCCCACCACAUGCUCUGAGGGACGGUGGACCGGCCCGCAGCUCAAAAAGGUUGCUGACCCCAAGCUUACCCAGACCUCGUUGCUAGUUGCUCAAGCUUCAGGACCCCCCAAAAUGUAGAUCCGCCACAGUCUAGGAUACCCCAUUCUGCACAGACCCUGCAACAGCCCCCCCCCUAUUGUGCAGCCACAGAUGCUUGGUCCUCAUUGGGUUGUUUUGCCUCCUUUCUAAGGGUGCCUUUCCAUUUCCAUUUAAUCUAAUCUGACUCCUGCAAGGCAACACCACCUUCUUGUGGUACUGCUUUGAUUACACCAGAAGAAGCACACGGAAAAGGAGUUUACUCUCACUCACCCUUAUCCCGCCACCAAUCCCCAGGCUCUGAGUUCCUGAGCUGGUUCCUUUGCGUCCAGCCAGUCCAUGACAUACUAGGACCUGGGAGAGCAGAGUUUGAAUCUCCCAUCCUUACGUAUCUCACAGUUUUGCUGCGAGGAUUAAUAAUAAUAAUAAUAAUAAUAAUAAUAAUAAUAAUAACAAUAACAAUAAUUUAUUUAUACCCCACCCAUCUGGCUGGGUUUCUCCAGCCACUCUGGGCGUGUUAAAAACACGAUAAAACAUCAAACAUAAAAAACGUCCCUAAACAGGGCUGCUUUCAGAUGUCCUCUAAAAGUCAGGUAGUUGUUUAUUUCUUUGACAUCUGAUGGGAGGGCGUUUCACAGGGUGGGUGCCACUACCAAGAAGGCCCUUUGCCUGGUUCCCUGCAACCUCACUUCUCAUAGGGAGGGAACCGCCAGAAGGCCCUCGGCGCUGGACCUCAGUGUGCAUGCUGAACGAUGGGGGUGGAGAUGCUCGUUCAGGUAUACUGGGCCACAGGCAGGGAGAACUCUGGACACCACCUUCAGAUCUAUGGAGCAAAGCUGAGAUAGGACCACAACAACCAACCAAUAAAUAAGAAAUGUCAGAAUCACCCAACGACUGCCCCUCUCUCUUACUCUUUCAGAACCAAGACAAAGGGCGAGAAACCCUCCGUGAUCUGGCUAACUUGGUGGAUGGCACAGCAGCCGCCCACAACCAGCUGAGCCGGGGCUGCGCCUCGCCACUGCUCCAGCAGCUUUAUGAGAAAGCCAGCUCCUUCCUCCUGCAGCUCCGAAACUUUGGGUGGCAGGUGAGAGGCCAAAGGGGGCUUCCCCAGGAUGAUGAUGACGAUUUAUUAAAUUUGUAUACUGACCUUCAUCUGUAGAUCUCAGGGCGGUUCACAACAUGAAAUACAAAAUAAAAACACAAAACGCAUGAUAAAAACAAGAACAAGAACAGCCAAGGCCUAGUUGAAGAGGAAUGUUUUCCCCAGGUGCCUAAAGGUGUAUAAUGAAUGUGCUAGCCAAAACUCCUUGGGGAGAGCAUUCCAAAACAGGGAGCCACUGCAGAAAAUAGUUACAACUAUGGGAUUUGCUUCCGCAAGGUGUAGUGAUGGCCACUAACUUGGAUGGCUUUAACAGAGGAUUAGACAAAUCCAUGGGGAAUAAUAUCUGCAAUGCCCUCUGACUAUGUACUGUUGGAGGCAGUAGGUCUCUGAAUGCUAGUUACUGGAAAUCACAAACAGCGAAAGUUGUUGUUGCACCCAGGCAUGGCUCUGCUUUGCUGACCUCGAUUGCAGGGAUGGAGGGGGGACGGACUUGCAGCCCUUCAGAUGUUUCCGGGCUGUGCCCGGGGGGCCUGUCUCCUUGAGCGCAGUUUGGGGGGGUCCUGCAGGGCAUCCCGAGCUGUUGCGUCCUUCUCAUCCAGCCUCCAUCUGGUGCAUGUCUGUUGCAUCCUUCUCAGCUGCCCUCCAGGGAAAAAACAAUGCUGUCCAAGGUUGUAAAGACUGCGGAGAGAAUAAUUGGGUGCAUUCUUCCCACCUUGGAUCAAAUCUAUGCUUCCAGGUGCUAUAAGAAAGCUGCAGAGAUAGCGCAGGAUAGUGCACACCCCGGGGUAUCGGAGUUUUUAGGGGGCUGACCAGGUUGGGAUAGCAGGCUUGUUGGUUUUGAAUGUCUUAUGUCAAAAAUGUACUUGGAGCCAGUGAAGAUCCUUCAGGACCAGUGUUAUAAGGUCCCGGCAUUUGUUCCCGGUCACCAGUCUAGCUGCCACAUUCUGGCUUAGUUGUAGUUUCAUAAUCACCUUCAAAGGUAGCCCCACGUAGAGAGCAUUGCAGUAGUCCAAGCAGGAUAUAUCCAGAGCAUGUACCACUCUGGUGAGACAGUAUGCAACUGUUCCUCAGAAGGCUUGAUUUCCAGGACCUUUUAUCAUCCUGCAUUCAAGAUUUAUUUAUUUAUUUCAUAAAAUUUAUGCUUGUUUUUUUAAAAAAAUUCAAAGCAGUUUACCAAAAAAUAAUGUUUUUUCACUGUGGCCGUUAGCCCUGGCAGGCACCCCCACACUUGUCUUUUUCUCAUUCUAGGAACAGAAUCCAACCGCACAGCCCGAGAGCAGCUCCCAGUUAAUUCCUGAAAGAAACCUUAGGACAAUCUUUGGGACCUACAAACAGCUUCUGCGGGGAAAGCUGCACUUCCUCUUCCAUGACUUGCGGAAAGACUCCUGCAGUGCGGAAGAUCAACAGAGGGCUGCCAGCCCUGCAGCCCUGCAACCUCCCAGUCUGACCACCUCCAGGGGCCACUGAAAGACCCCCCCAUGGGCUGCUGGCCGGAUCCUUCAAGGGAGAGAAGCACAGGACGAGUAGUAGGCCCUCUGGUGGCCAGGUGUGGAAGAGCAAGCCUGGCCAAGCCCUCAAAGCACAGGGGUCAGGGGGGAAAACACACACCCAAGGAAGGAGAAGACCCUCAUCGUGAAGGCUUGCUCUAGCAGCCCGCAGAAGUGUUUCCAGAGCUGAGCGAUCCCAGCUAGGUUACUGGAAAGGCCUGGCUGCCAGCCAUGAUGGCAACAUCCUACUGUCAGAGGCAGCACACCUUUCAGCUGCAGGGCAUCACCAGGGAGAGAGAGUGUGGCUGCGCUCAGGUCCUGCUUGCAAGCUUCCCAGAGGCACCGGACUGGGAAGUGUCCUGAUUUUCCAGGGGAAAGUCCUGAAAAGACAGAAGCUGUCCCAGUUUCUGAUUUGAUCCCGGAAUGUCCCACUUUCCCUUUGGACAUCCCUAUUUUCAUCAGAGAAACGGUGGAGGAGAUAGAACAGGAUUCCCUAUUUUUACCUGGAGGAGGACACCCCUUUUUUCAUUGGAGAAACGUCGGGAGGAUGUGCUGUAAUGAACGGAUACUGGACCUACAGUCUCAGGCAGCAGCCAAGCUCCUCACAUGAUCUUAUACUCUUGGAGCCAUUCAUUGCCUUGCUUGGGAAAGGGGCUGAGAUUUUAGGAACUCUCCCUGCCAUGUACUCUGUGGAAAGCCAGUGGGGCAAAUGGGCCUUGCUCAGCAUCUUGAGAGAAAGGAUAGGAGCUCUUUCCUCUCUUAGAGACCAUGAUGGAUGCUUGCACUCUUCCUCAGUAUCAGGGCUUCCAGCUGCAGGGGGCACGCUGAACCGAAAAUACUUAGAAUCCCUCUCCAGGCCUUCCCCCAUCUGGGAUGGAGUGUGCCAGGGACAUUGGAGGCAAGUCUGGCCCCAAGCCUCCCCAUUAUUCCCACAUGGCUUUGAACAGGGUCCACCGGAGAAACUGGACCACGAUGGUUGCCCCCACCUCCUGCAAUUCCACACACAGAAGCUGACACAGGUCUCUUGCUUUGAUCCUGGAGAUGGGAUCCUGUCCUGUCCUGGUUAACGGCCUAGUUUAAUGGAUGCGAGGCCAGCUGCGAGCCCCUGAUAACAUGUCCCUGCUGUCGCUUCCAGUGACCUCACUCUGCCCAACGGUAGGGCCAGCCCCAGUUUGGAGUAACACCUGAAUACAACCAGAGUAUUUGGUUAAAGUGGGGGCAGCCUCUGGCACAUUGAAAAGCUGUCACACAACUUCUGUUCUCCUUCUGACGCCAAUAGCCAGAGGACAUGGUGUGGGCAGCUGUGGAACAAGAACGGCUGGCUUUGGUCAGCAGGAGACACCAGAGCAAAAGGGGAACAUCUUUUGCACCUGCCUAUGGCCAUGUGACAUCCUCCCACCCACCCACGAGUGGCAGCAGGAGACUGAUGCUCCCACCCAGAGGGAGGCAGGGUGUGGUGCCUUCUGAGACUGGACCAGAACCAGCCGUUCCUGAGGCUCUGUGGUGGAAAAACAAAACACCCCAGAAUGUGUUCCGUUGUAUCUUACCAGCCACAUCGGGAUAGGUGAGCAAAAUACAGGGUACGAAGAGGUGACUGUUCCUUGCACGCAGUGGGUGCAUCAUGGGAAAAUCCCAGAGCGCUACAAAACACACGUUGCUUGAAUGAUGAGGAGGAGUUUGGAUUUGAUAUCCCGCUUUAUCACUACCCGAAGGAGUCUCAAAGUGGCUAACAAUCUCCUUUCCCUUCCUCCCCACAACAAGCACUCUGUGAGGUGAGUGGGACUGAGAGACUUCAGAGAAGUGUGACUAGCCCAAGGUCACCCAGCAGCUGCAUGUGGAGGAGUGGGGAAGCAAACCCGGUUCACCAGAUUACGAGUCCACUGCUCUUAACCACUACACCACGCUUCCACUCGCAGCCCAUGGUUCGCUUGUUUUGACACAGUAGGCCGGGCUUCCUCAGAUGUUUUGGACUACAACUCCCGUCCAAUGGGAACAGUAGCCCAAAGCAGCCAGAGAGCCACAAGGCUGCAAAAAGCUUACCCAAGGCCUCUUCCAAAGUGAGGUUUCUUUGAAUGAAUGCUUUUGUUAGGCUCAUUAUCAGGGAGGGCAGCGUCAUGUGUGCAAGCAUAUGGCCUGGGCACAAAACUGGUUAAGAACCACUGAAAAAUUCAGCCGUAAGGAUCCCCUUGAAGUGAAAAACAACUUCAGGUAAAGUGCAAGGAGGGCUCUGCACGUACAGUAAAAAAUAGUGUUGAGUCAGUGUUUCCAAGGACUGUGGCUGAACGAGAGAUACUGGAGCGAUCAGUUAACAGAGGCUGGUUGGCUAGAGGGUGAAACAGCCAGUAUGACAUAUAUUUUGCCUACAUAGAGCGUCCUAAUGGAAAGCUUUCAUGCACUCUUUGAAC